AUGUCAUUUUUCUUCAUUACCAUAGCCAUUCUUGCCCUUUAUCAACCAACAUCAGUUUACUCGGUCACUCUAAGUUCAGAAAUCGAUGUCCUUCGUGCCUUGAAGGAAGGAAUCGAUCCCAACUCAAUCCCAGGUAACUCGUUCAUAAGCACCUGGGAUUUCUCAUUAGACCCAUGUGAGAGCACAGGAGCCCAUUUUCUUGGGAUCUUGUGCUCCAUUCCUAAUGACAACUCAAGCAGCCGAAUCACAAUACUUGAUCUAGACGGGGUAGGAUAUGAUGGAUUUCUCACAAGUGAUAUAGGCAACCUGACCGAAUUAACCAUUCUAAACUUGAGCAAAAACAAGUUUAGAGGACCAAUCCCCGAUAGUGUAACUAAGCUAAGUAAAUUAACUGCACUUGUAAUCUCCGAAAAUUUCUUUACUGGCAGCUUACCCGAAGGACUAAAGAGACUAAAAAGGAUACAAGAACUUGACAUCUCGCGUAAUAAACUUACCGGCCUUAUACCCAACUGGAUCACAAACUUUCGAAGCCUACAAUCUUUAAGAAUGGCGAGCAAUGGAUUUUCAGGGCGAAUUCCAAAUUUAGCGGGGUUAUGGCAACUUCACACAUUAGAUCUCAGCAACAACCAACUAUUCGGAAUUCUUCCUCAGCUCCCUACAAGCUUACGAAUAUUGUCGCUUAGUCGCAAUGUGCUUUCGGGUAGUAUUCAUUCAGUGUCAGAGUUCCAAAACCUUAGAAUGUUAGAUCUUAGUGAUAACAGGUUUAGUGGCAGAAUCCGAGGAAUAGUCAGCUUACCUCAGGUUAUUACUCUCAAUCUGUCAGUCAAUUGGUUCACAGAACUGCAGGUACCGAAAUUUGCAGGUGAAUCUACGCAUCUUGAAGUGCUCGAUGUGCAAGAAAACCGACUAACAGGACACUUGCCGGGAAAUUUAGCGACAAUGGAGAAGCUAACAGCGAUUUAUUUGAGUCACAACCAGCUUUCUGGACCCAUACCAAGGAGUUUUGGGGUAAGACUUGGUGCUCCUUGGAAGCAUAUAUUCUUGAAUCAUAAUUUUUUGGUGGGCGGCGUACCACCAGAAUUCGGCAUUCAGAAUCUGAAAAUUACGGGUAGCUUAGCUCACAAUUGCCUUAAGUGUCCGCACAAUGUGACAAUGUGUAAUGGAGGUCAGCGUCCUACUCCAGAGUGUGCAGGACAAAGUGUCACUGAAAUAAUUCAGUAG